AUGGAAAUAUUUAUGCAAAAUAUUGGGCCGUCCGUGACCCAGUAUGAUCUUAAAGAUAUGAUAGCGGAUGUCUUACAUAGCCCUGCUUUUACCCGUUCUUCAGGUGUUCUCAAUUUUGAGGCGCGUAUCUUUCAGCAUGGCAGGCGAAACCACUUACGUCAGGGUACCAUGACUUUACCUUCGGAAGAUAUUGGCUGGCAGUUUUUACAGGAGUAUGGAGGUCCACAGCCGAAGAAGUCCAUCGGCCGUACAAGAAUUACAUUUCAGCCUAGCAGAAACAAGCCAAACGCUCAGGUACUAGAAAUGAUCUGCCGUCUGCCGUACGUUAACCAAAGACUCCUGCGGGAAAAGGAAGAAAGAGCCCAGGAGUUGGAUGCGAGAAGUGUGUCUAUUCGAACCAUCCAAUUCGGACGGGAGUGUCGCGAUGGUGUAUAUUCGGUCGAAUGGGAGAAGCACUGCGUCGGGGCCCACCUCAUAUUCAAUCAGGAAAGGAAAGAGUUUCGAGUGGAAGUUCCAGAUUCCACGAACACCCGCUUUAUUUCCAUCCGAACGGCUCAGAUCUUCUCGCUUUCUGCGAGCAUGGAUGAUCCACAUGCCCCCACGGUGUUUUUCUCUCUCAAUCAUCCUCCUGCAUUCGAGUCAAGGCCAUCCGACCUGGAGACUCUGAUGAGCAACCUCUUGUCAAUGAAGAAUGUUCCGAUCAGACAGCGAUGGUGUGCCUUUGACGAUGAUCAUCUCCGCGUCGCCUCUUUUACUUCACUGUCCAUGCGACUGGUUUGCAAGGCUUCCAAUGAUCUGGAUAAUUUCCGUUCUAUCUGUCGCAUGACGCAUACGAGAUUCGAUCAUUCUUCCUAUCCAAUUCAAUACCGUGGCCUAUUCUCCGACCAAGUUCGCCGUACUUACUCGGAUUGGUUAUCAAGAUUGGUCUGGCCUGUCGCAUUCCAGGUGGAAGCAUUGGCGCGUGCCCAUUUCAUUGACUUGAAGGAGCUUUUGGGAUUGCGGGAGAGCAUCGAAUUAAUGGUUAGGGAAAGGGGAGCAUCAUCUACUGCGAUGUUUCUUCAUGAUUUCGCUUCGCACGCCAAGACGUUGUUCUGGUAUGGCGAAGAAUCCGAGUUGUCUCAGGAGUCGGUGGAGAUCUUAUUCUCGCGUCUGUCUCGCGAGUUCCUUUCCAAACCCAUACCACCCAUGCCGCCGCCGUCAGAGGACAAUUUUGAUUGCCUUCAUGUGAUCGUGACACCCACAACCAUGUAUCUCGAAGGCCCAUUUCCGGAGAGAUCAAACCGCGUCAUGCGCACAUAUCCAGGAAACGAGGAUAGCUUCGUGCGGGUCAGUUUCGCUGACGAAACGCGUCUUCAACAUCGAUUUGACCGUGAAGUCGACGGGCGAGCUUUUGUUGAUCGCACAAUCAAGAACUUGUUAUUAAACGGCGUCACGAUCGCAGGCCGCCCCUUCCGCUUUCUUGCUUAUUCACAAUCCGCUCUAAAAGAGCAUGCGGUUUGGUUUGUGAAGCCCUUCACGGAUCCCAAGCGUGGGCGCAUCGACGCGCCAACCAUUAUCCGGAGUCUAGGAUCGUUUCGCCACUUACCCUACGACCGUCUACUCAUAUACUGUCCUGCUCGUUAUGGUGCCCGGAUAUCACAAGCAUUUACCGCCACGGAUGCUUCUGUAUCGGUUGAAGCAGAUGAAGUAUUUGUGCUCAACGAUGUGCAGGAUCCAGACGGCCGGUGGACAUUUACCGAUGGUGUUGGUACCAUCUCUGCAGAGCUAGCUCGUACGAUAUGGGGCAAAUUGUGCGCUAAGCGCCCUCGAGGUAGGCGCCACAAAGCAUAUCCGCGCACCUUUCAAAUACGCUUCAUGGGAUCGAAAGGAAUGCUGAGCGUCGAUUACAAACUGUCUGGCCGAGUUGUCUGCCUAAGGGAUUCGAUGAUCAAGUUCGACGCCCCUCAAUCUCUGGACAUCGAGAUUGCAAGGGCAUUUGACAAGCCCGGGAGGUACUACCUGAACCGGCCACUCAUCAUGAUUCUGGAGGGCCUUGGAGUACCCUGCGAAGUGUUCAAAAUCUUGCAGGAUAACGCCGUGCGUGAUGCAGAAGGCUCCGUACUUUCGUUGGAGCGCGCAGGGCGAUUGCUGGAAGCGCAUGGUCUUGGGACCUCGUACCGACUCACCUCUACAAUGCUCAGCCUGCACAGACUUGGUGUUGGACCUCUCUCUGAGGACGUGUUUUGGCAGCAAAUGAUGGACUUUGCUGUCAAUCAUGUCCUGCGAGAGCUCAAACAUCACGCCAGAAUCCCUGUUCCCGAUGGGUGGACGUUGGUUGGCGUCGCUGAUGUCCAUGGAUUCUUGAAGGAGGGAGAGAUAUUCGCUUGCAUUGACUCUCAAGAUCACUCUGGACUUAUCUAUCUAGAAGGUCCCACAUUGAUUUCACGAUCACCGACAAUUCAUCCAGGUGACGUUCAGCUUGUCCGUGCCAUCGGUAGACCGCCUCCAGGAUCUCCCUUCGAGAAGGAGUCUUUGCGAAACAGCGUUGUUUUUUCCAUCAAAGGUGCACGGCCUUUGCCGUCCUGCCUGGGUGGAGGUGAUCUUGAUGGGGACGUCUACAAUGUUACCACAAUGCGAUCACUGUUGCCGCAGAAAACAUAUCACGCUGCCGAUUAUGAUCCAGCCAAGAAAAAACUGAACGACCAUGAAAGCACAAUGCACGAUGUGGCGGAAUUUGUUGCGGAGUAUAUCAACAGUGACACCUUAGGGAUCAUCGCCAUCAACUGGCUUAUAAUUGCAGACCAGAGUCCAAAGGGGAUCCUAGACCUCGACUGUCUCCGACUUGCGCAGUUGCAUAGCGAUGCCGUAGACUAUCCGAAGAGCGGCAUGCCUGUCCCUUUGGAGCAUAUCCCGAGGCUCAAGUUCAAGGCAAAACCUGACUGGAACGCACCCGAGACACUCACGAGGGAAACUCCCGACUUCUACGAAAGCAGACGCGCCAUUGGCAAGCUAUACAGAGCCAUUGAACUCCCCGCCUUAAGAACAGUUGCAAGAGCGUCCAGUGUUCAACGUCGACAUCUGGAGGACAGCCACGAGGAGUCAUCUCGUUACGUCUUGGAUGAAUUCUACUCUGAAGAACCACAUCUUGACGACUAUGUUCGGUUGGCCGUCGAGGAUCGUGUCGGACAGUUCCUCCCACUGCAAGACAUCACAUUUAAUGACGAUGUGAUAAUCGGACUCUGGGAGCUAUUCCAUUCAUAUGUUUCGCAGCUGCGCGCGAUUUGCACCGACAAUACACUCUCUCACACUCGCUCAGCGAUGCUCACGGAAGAAGAGGCCGUUAUUGGAACGAUCGUGGCGAAGUGUUCUCAGCCCCGCAAGCGCAAGGAUUUGAUGUCACAGAUGCGUGAGCAGACCAGCGUUCUUAUCAAUGGAAUGCGUGCGGAAAUAUCUGGAGACGAAGACAUGACACCGGAUGAGUCGUUGGAGAGAGCGUGGAUUGCGUACAAGGUGGCUCUCAUCGAAACAAAUUAUUUCGGUGCCCGCAGCUUCGCGUGGAUUGCUCUUGGUGAGAUUUUCGAUGCAAUAAGGAACAUCGAGGACGCCGAUAAGAAUUUGUUGAGACCUUGA